AUGCGCUACUCGACCGCCUUCUCCGCCGCCAUUCUGGCUGGCUCUGCGCUCGCCGCUCCCUCCUACGGUGGUUACGGCAGCCAGCACAAGCACGUCAAGAACGUUCAUGUCGUCGUUGAGACUGUCGUCAAGACUGUCUACGUCACCGAGGGCUACGAGAUCCCCAAGCCUACCAGCUCCUCCGUCAGCGCUGCGUACGAGGCCCCGGCCAAGAACACCAUGCCCGCCUACGCUCCCGUCAAGCCCACCAGCACUGCCGUCUACGCUCCUCCCCCUCCCCCUGCGCCCACCAGCGAGGCCCCCAAGCCCACCACCACCAUGGUCUACCAGCCCGCUCCCCAGAAGCCCACCACCUACGACGCUCCUCCUCCCCCUGCUCCUACCAGCGAGGCUCCCAAGCCAACCACCACCCCCGCUGCUCCCGCUCCUUCCAGCGGUGGAUACAUGGGCAUUGUUGAGGAGGCGCGUGCCAAGCUCGGCAUGAAGUCUCUCGAGUGCGACUCCAAGCUCGAGUCCAACGCCAUGAACGUCGUUGUUGAGGGUAACGGUGUCAUGAAGCACAAGCUCAACCCCGGCACUUACGGCCAGGUUCUUGCCCCCGGCAAGCCCGACAUGGAGUCCUUCGACCACGUCUUCUACGGUGGAUGGCUCUGCGAGAUCCCCAGCCUGCCCGGUCUUGAGGAUGUCUGCGGCAGCGCAUCCAAGGGCUGGAACUACGAGGGUCAGACCGGCCACGCUGAGAUACUCACCUCCGACCAGUACACCAAGAUUGGUUGUGCUAACCACGAGGGUAUCUGGUGCUGCGACCUUGCAUAA